UGUUUUCUGCAUCUGUGUUAGUCACAUCACUCACAUAUAAAUAUUGUUAUUAUAUAGUUAUAGACAUUGAAUACGCCUUAAUUAUUAUGGGAUAAUCAUAUUAUGAUGGCAGGGUUGUUCAUAUCUAUGUACCAGUACUUUGAAUAGAUGAUUCAUUGCUAAAUUUAUAAAAAUAAUGUUUUUCUACUUCUUGCUUGAUGGAACUUGUAAAAGAACUACCCCAGUUUCGCUGGAUCUUGAGAAAUGUGUGCCGAGGGUCGGGACGUAUACGGAAGGGAGAGUGGACCCGACUUUAUGGUACAAGGUACUGGUAUUAGACUCGAUCCUCGUGGACUGUGACAGCAGCACGAUUUUCUGGAGUUGUGAAAAAAGUGACGUCUUAUUACAUAAGGAUUGCAUAGGCGCAGACGAAAUUCGAGAAUUCUUUAAAAACAAAGAACAAAUGUUGUGUGUAGAACUUGAUCCCACAUUAGAUGAGAUGUUCGAGGCCUCUAAAAACAUUUUCCCAGAGUUAUUUGAGAGAAAGGGUGAGGUGACCACAUAUGAAAAUCUUCUAAAAAUUCUCCAUGUGUAUAUCCUUCCGCAAAUUGAAUUCAAAGAAAACCACUGGGAAGACAUACGAGAUUCGCUAGAAACAAUCGAGAAAGAAUAUAAAAAUAUUGAAAUGCUUAUCAAAAUGAAUGUCCAGUCGAGAAAAAACACAGAAGAGUUACUUCUGAAGCAGAGGCAACAACUGUUAACAGAAGAUGGUGUGUCAGGUAUUUUGAAUAACAUUCCAAAAACUGAUCACUUCGUUAAACUUCUGCUGCAACAUACAGAGAAAGACGUUCGACAUUUGGAAAAGACACUCUCAGUGCUGAGUGAUAAAAUCACACCACUGAGAAAUAUGGCCGAUGAAACAAGUGUUGGCCUUCUUGCAAACACCAGAAGAGAAAGAGAUGUAGUAGCAAGGGAAAUAGAGAGAAUUAUUGUGGCAAGAGAAGAACUGGUAAAUGGUCUUAUUCUACACAGGCAUGGCGUGACAAGAAGUAAGCGGAAGAAAAGUGUACAAUUAAGGGGUAUAUCACAGUCAGUUAGAGCUUACCGAAUUGCUGACGCAUUUGAAAGCUACAAAAGAGAAUCUGCUGAGGUUGAAAAUCUGAGUAACGAAAUAAAGCAACAAAUCAAUAUAAAGAUAAGACUAUCGAGUGUACGUGAGGCGACAAGCUUGACAUUGAAAGAGAUUCAAGUUGACGGGGCAUCGUAUGGAUAUAACAGAAAGAAGGGUUCUCUGGAGAUUGAGGCAGAUUUAUUUGACCCGAUUAGAAAACCUAGUGAUUGGGCAACACUGAGUGAACAUGUUAAAGCAUGUUUGUAUAAUAAAAAGUCCGAAUUCAGAACGAAGCAUAAUAAAUUUUGCACGAGAUUUAAGGACACAUGCAAAUCAAUACAGGAGAGAGCUAAACGAGAUUUCCUGGUAAACUUUGGAUCACUUGCAACUGAUAGACAUGCUUUGUCGUUUGGAAGUAGCCAAUCGCAUCAAAACGAAGCAAUGCGAUUCUCAAGUAGAUGGCUGUUUGGAAGUGUUUCCAAGGAAGACUGUGAAGAAUUAUGUAAGCAAAUAUCUGACCACACACUUAGAAUGGCAGAUGAAAUUGUGAUACAAAUUCAAGUGAAAGAUGACGAUAUGAAGAGUAUCCUCUGUAAAGUAUACAUCUGCUAUGAGGAACACAUUUCCGAGGAACUUCUUCCAGGUUUAUGCAAACUUUUUGAGCAAAGUUAUAGAACACAGUGUCAACAGCUAUCGGACUGGAUUAGAAAACACGCCGAAACAGAACUUGGUUCAAGUAAUACGACGUUAAAAGGUAUGUUUCCAGAAUUGACGAAUAGAGGUAUUUGCGACGCAAAAAUGGGUGACGAUAUAGCAGAUGAUCGACGUCAAACAAUGGAAUGUCUUGUUGACAGAUUCAGUGAGACGUCAAACAGCUUAUCGGAAGUUUUUGACCGGACUAGGGAUUUCUUGUUACAAGGCGACAGAGAAGAAUUCAACGAUCUAGCUAUCUCGCAGGCACUUAAAACACAGUUUGUUUCCGCAUUCAAGGGCUUUUAUGCUCUGAUACAGGAAGAAAACACCGCUAUGUCUAUUUUUAGCAAGUUACGUCAUCUUACCCGAGCCGUCCAAUCAGCUGAGAAUACGUUUUCAGACUUGCGCACCAGAACUGGCCAGAGCAGCGAAAUUUGCACCGACGAUAUUUUAGACAUUCUGAUACUGCUUAUUUGCAAGCUUAGUCCCGAACUCUUACUAAAGCUGUAUGCACACGUGAACUUGAUACUUCGUUUGAGUCCCUACUUUUUACAGGGGAGCAUCAACGAAUAUUCUCUUGUUACAAUUACAGGAGCAUUCCAACAUCUGUUUGAACGACAGGAGAUGCACACUGAUUCUGUAUCGAAAACUAGGAAAGAAAACUAAACUGUCAUAUAGACUAUUUUGAAGCUGUCCGUGCGAAAAUAGGUGAAGAAUUAGAGCGCAUAAUGUUUUGGCUUUUGGCAAGCGAUCAUCAUAUAGGGCCUUGAGUUAUAAAGAAGUUGCUAAAUAAGCUCGGAUGUAACAUCUCUUUGAGCCAAUAACCAUAUAUUUGUAACAAAACUGUCUUAAUACUCAGUAGAAGUUUUUUGGGGUUGGAAUUUAGAAAUUAUGGAAGCAUUCCAGAAACGACAUAAAGCGGCACACCCUAUGAUAUAUCGCUUCCAUGAUCAGCCUGGUUGGGGACUUGUAAUAAGCAAAAUUACGAACAAUACAAUGCUCAACAGCCCAACAGUGCGUAAAUCGCCAAAAUCCUGGUGGCUAACUGAUGAUAAGAUUGAGCAACUGGACUUAGAAAAAGAAAAACUGCCGCUGAUUCUAUAUUUUACUUUGUAUGGGAGGUGGGUAUUGGGUAGGAAUAUCAGCUAAGUUGGUUGUUUCGUAAAAAUAAAUGGUAAUACAUAGACGUAGGAACGCGUGGGGUUGGGGCGAGAGGCACGGUUAAGCAACCAUGACAGUGGGUGGUUGGGGGCAGCAUAUGGUUUGUGCUAACAUGAACUGUUAUCGCUUAAAGUUGCUUUUUUAGACUGGAUCUUGAUCGUUCUUUUUUCCCUCUGUUCUAUGUACUUAAAGUUUACUGGGUGUUUAAAUUUCUAAAUCACUAUUUUCAAUGGGUAUACGCUUUACACAUUGUUUCUUCACAACGUGAGAUUUGUAUUAUCCUUGCUAUGUCAUGUACAGGCUUUGCAGUGUCUACUAAUAUUUUGUUUAAGGUAGUCGGUCGGUGAUGACUUUUCAUGCGAUUUCGUAUCUCUAUAUGUUAUCUCGGCAUUCUUCGGUAGUAACUGCAGCGCACACGAGCAACACAUUCCGUAAUUAAACGGAAAAUGCCGAAAUCGCACUCGGCGGCUACGUAAUAGAACGGAGAUUACUAUUGUCAUUACUUGGUUACUACCUUUUAUUUUGUUCUUAAGGUUUACUUUUGUUGAAUAAAUUGCAUAUGUAAACAGAUGUAUUAGCAAGUUAAUUCUGACUGGCCAUGAGUUCAGCUUUUAUUCACUUUCCUAAUCACAAACAGAAAGACUAUUGAUAAUAAUUGUCAAAUGAGGUAGUAGCUUUACUCAUUUGGCUUAUCUGGAUGACGGUCUAGUAUUUUAUGAUCUGAUAUUUUAUAGUUGUCAUACCUCCCGCUCUCCCGUGACGGAGACAGCGACAGUCAAAAGUUCUCACGCAAUGUAGGAGACGUGACGACCAUAGACAAGCGUUCUGUAUAAAAGUCCACAGUCCCGGUCCAAAAUAUUAUUUUUCUUUUUUAAUGACGGGAAACUGUUUUCAAUCUCAAAGUGUCUGUGACCUUGACAUUCUGACCACUAAAACAAUAGGGAUCAUUUAAUGAUCACAGGCAAUAAUUCUAUAAAGCUAGAUGAAGCUUUCCUUUACCAUUGACCUCCGUACGCCGAAGCAUCAUCCAGUUAUUGAUCGGAAACCGUUUUCAGGCUCAAUACUUCCGUGACCUUGACGUUUUACUUACUAACAACACCUCCGGAAACCAUCCUAAGAAAUUCAAAGCGUUCUCUAGAAAUAGGUUGGAAAACGUUUUCAUUGCUAGGUUAUUGUAACCUUGAACUUUGAUCUACAGACCGGCAAAACAAUCGGGGUCACGUGACCACAAUGACUCAUCCUCUGAAAAUUAACAUUUGUAGACCUUAGUGAUCUCCACACGUUCUUAGUCACAAUGUCACACUGACCUUGACAUUUAACCUUCUGCUCACUGAAAAGCUAAAAGGGUCACCUACUGCCCAUAGGAAAUCGUUAUGGAAGAUUUACCAUAGUAUGUUUAGUGUUAUAAAUUUAUUGAUCGUGAUAAAAAAAUCCGUUUUAGUCUCAGUGUCACCUUGACAUUUAUCAAGAAAUUGAUUAUGUGUCAUCUACUUAUCACAUGGAUCGGUAGCCUUUAAAGUCUGAUUACUGCAUGACAAGGUGUUCUCAAUAGUUUCCGACCGGAAAUCAAAUUGUCGUAGCAAAAAUUUAUACCCUCUCUUCUUCGAAUAAUCUUCUAACAAUAACAGAAAUAUCUCUUUAAACAUGUACUAUUAGUUAAACAUUAAAAGGUUAAACGAACAAGAGCGAAAAGUGUGCAACAGUUGUCUGCACAUAUGCCAGAAUAGUUUAGAUAUGAAUCACUUUUUGACCUUGACCUUGACCUGG